UUUGAAAUACAGGUUAUAAAUCGUUCAACAACAGAGCUACCUCUUACAGUGUCAUAUGACAAAAUAUCGCUUGGAAAACUCCGAUUUUGGAUUCACAUGCAAGAUGCUGUGUACUCCCUGCAACAAUUUGGGUUUUCAGAAAAGGAUGCAGAUGAAGUAAAAGGAAUUUUUGUUGAUACUAACCUGUACUUCCUGGCUUUGACGUUCUUCGUAGCAGCAUUCCAUCUUCUCUUUGAUUUCCUUGCAUUCAAAAAUGACAUCAGUUUUUGGAAGAAAAAAAGGAGCAUGAUUGGAAUGUCUACAAAAGCAGUGCUUUGGCGGUGCUUCAGUACUGUGGUAAUAUUUCUUUUCCUUUUGGAUGAACAAACAAGUUUAUUAGUACUGAUCCCAGCAGGCAUUGGUGCAGUGAUUGAGCUCUGGAAAGUGAAGAAAGCGUUGAAAAUGACAAUCAAGUGGCAAGGCUUGAGACCCAGAAUUCAGUUUGGUACAUACAGUGACUCUGAAAAGAAAACUGAGGAAUAUGAUACCCAGGCUAUGAAAUACUUGUCAUAUUUGCUCUAUCCACUGUGUAUUGGAGGUGCAGGUUACUCCUUGCUGAAUGUCAAAUACAAAAGCUGGUACUCCUGGUUGAUUAACAGUUUUGUCAAUGGAGUGUAUGCUUUUGGAUUCCUGUUUAUGCUGCCCCAGCUGUUUGUCAACUACAAGAUGAAAUCUGUGGCACACUUACCGUGGAAGGCUUUCACAUACAAAGCGUUCAACACCUUUAUUGAUGAUAUAUUUGCUUUUAUCAUCACUAUGCCAACAUCUCAUCGGCUGGCAUGCUUUCGAGAUGAUGUCGUGUUCCUGGUUUAUCUUUACCAAAGAUGGCUUUAUCCUGUGGAUAAGAGUAGAGUGAAUGAGUAUGGAGAAUCUUAUGAAGAAAAGCCAAAAAAAAAAGCUCAUAGAGAAUAACUAAGAAUUGAAGAAGAUUCUGACCCUUGGACUCUUACUGGUUUCAUGUAUUACCUGGUCUUAAGGAAGAAAAAACUUAUUUAAUAAGAGUAUUUUUAAAGCUUAUGACAGAACUACAUGGACAAUACAUCUUCUAUAUUGCCAAAAUCUAGUUUUGAUAUACUCCUAUUUCAAGAUUCUCUUUUGUCCUCACAAGGUCCACAGCCUGACAGAUGUCAUUAAAUAAACUUCCUGAGUUUAAAUUUCUCUUUGGUGAAAACCCAAGUGUCCUAGCCAUCAUAAUUAAUAUCCAAAUCUACGUUUUUAAAGCAACUCAGUAACUGGAAGUGUGGUGCCCAUGCCACUAGGCUAUGAAAAGUGAAAAAACAAGCAAGUGUGUUACAGCAGAAUCGAGCAUUAUUGACAAACUGGAGGCUGUCAAAAAUAAAAGAUGCAAUAUUGGA